AUGGAAUCUUCUGAUAAAAGCCAUGAAAAGACAAUAACGAGUAAAAAAGUUGAAAAAAGAGCCCGACUUGAAAAUUCGGUUGUAGAAGCCAAUUUAAAAACUGUUUUUAAAGAAAAAAUAAAAAAAAAUGAUAAACUUAAUAAAAGGAUCAAGUCACCUCAUAAAACUUCUGCCAGCAGAGAUAGUAAACAAUCAAAAAAAAUUGAGAAAAAACGAAAACGGAAUGAAGAGGAGGGAGAAUAUGAAUCACCUGUUGAAGUAAUAAUUAAAAACAAAGAUAGACCGAAUAGAAAUAAUACUUCUGAUAAUAUUACUACUAGUGCAAUUGAAGAAAAUGUAGAGAAGGUAGAAAAGAAUAAUUCUUCUUUUGUCAAAAAACGAAAACAUAAUUUUGAUUCAGAUGAUAGAUAUUUUAAAAAUGAUGAGAUUGAUGAAGGUAAUGAAGAUAAAGCUGAUCUUAACAAGAGAAGUUUAACCCGGAAUUUAGUACCAAUUGUCUUCAUAAAUAAUAAUGUCAAUAACGUCAAGUACAUAGAACCUCCUCCUCCUCCUUUAUUAGAACCAAUCUCAAAAUCGGAAGUCACUAAAUUCCUCGAAUGUAAUUCCAUUCAAAUAACCGGGAAUUUAAAUUUCAAGCCAAUAAUGUCAUUUUCACAAUUGAAAAUAGAUAAAGAGGUUAAGCGUGUAUUGAAAAAAUUUGAGAAACCAACACCAAUUCAAGCAACUUGUUGGCCGAUUUGUUUAAAUGGAAAAGAUGUGAUUGCUUUUACUGUUCCCGCAGUUAUGCAUAUUAAAAAUACAAAAAACAAAACCCAUUCUAAUCAACCAAUCGUUCUUGUGAUUUCACCAACGCGUGAAUUGGCUAUGCAAAUACAAGAACAAUGUGUUUUGUUUGAUUCUACAUGUGGGAUCAAAAGUGCAUGCAUUUAUGGUGGGGUUUCUAAAUCUGAACAAUAUAAAUUAUUACGUAAAGGUGUUCACAUUGUUGUGGCUACUCCUGGAAGGUUACUUGAUUUGAUUAACGAAAAUGUUUGUGAUAUUAGCAAAGUUUCAUAUCUCGUCCUUGAUGAAGGUUUUGAGGAUGAUGUCCGUACUAUCAUAAGAAAAACAAGUAAAAAUCGGCAAACUGUUAUGUUCUCAGCUACUUGGCCAGAAUCCGUUCGUAAAUUGGCAAAUGAUUUCUUAACUCACCCUAUCCGAGUUACUAUUGGUUCACCGGAUCUAUCUGCUAAUAAUAAUGUAACACAAAUAGUUGAGGUACUCGAAGAUCGGGAAAGAGAUAAACGACUUUUAUCCCUUUUAGAAAGAUAUCAUAAUCGGAAAAAUCGUGUUUUGGUAUUUGUUCUUUACAAGAAAGAAGCUUCCCGUAUUGAGAAUAUGUUAGCAAGUCAAGGUUAUGAAACACUUUCCAUUCAUGGAGAUAAAAGUCAAUUUCAGCGUACUGAAGCGUUAAAAGCUUUCAAAGAUGGAAUUUAUCCGCUUUUGAUUGCUACAGAUGUUGCAGCUAGAGGAUUAGAUAUACCUGAUGUGGAAUAUGUAAUUAAUUAUUCAUUCCCAUUGACUAUAGAAGAUUAUGUACAUCGAAUUGGAAGAACUGGUCGUGCUGGUAAUAAGGGAAUUUCUCACACACUUUUUACACCACAUGAUAAAACACAUUCAGGUGAACUUGCUAAUAUUCUUCGACAAGCCAAACAAAAAGUACCUGAAUCAUUACUUAAAUUUGGAGGUGGUGUCAAAAAGAAGGAACAUAAAGCUUACGGCGCUUUCUAUAAAGAGAUUGAUCCCAGUUUAAAACCAACAAAAAUUAAAUUCGAAGAUUAA